UUAUUUCACCUGCUUACGUCCAAGUAAGGGAAAACUCCAUUGCUAUAUUUACAACUAGAAAUAUUUUCGAGCUUUGAUGCCAAUUGCAGUGAACAUAAAAGACAAGCCAUCACUUGAAAAUAUUCAGCAGUGGUUCAGAAAUAUAGAAAAUAUCCGGAGAAGUAGAUUGAAAAAUCCUGCGAUUCAACAGGUCGCUGGUUAACGACGAGGGUAAAUUAGGUUUGUCCACGAACAUCGUGCUAAUGACCAUAUCAUGUUUUGGC